AUGGGGAAGCAACUGCGAGAGUCUGACCCCUGUUUCAAAACGCACCAAAGUUACUACAAGCAAGUGAAACCACUGGUUGAUGUGAUGAUAAUCGAGAACGUCCCUGAGUAUAAGCCCUGUGUGAUUCAGAAAGAGUUGGGGCCGGAAUGGCAGAUGGAAUCUGCUGUAGUGGAUCCCAGAGUCUUUGGAGUGGCUGCCUCCCGCAGCAGGCUGUAUGCAAUCUGUUGGAAGACUGAGACCGUGACUUGGCGUGCGGAUGUCAAGAUGAAGGAGGUGAUUGAUCUUCUCACUUCCUCGGUUGUUGCAGAAGCUGGCAGCUUUUACUGGAAAGACCUCCCGAAGUCCCAGUUGACAGACUCACAAGAGCGUGUCCUGGCCGACUACAAGAAGCUCACCAGUCUGCGCUACUGUGACUUAAGCCAGUACCCGUCAAAUGACCGAGCCAGAGGUGAAUGUUCUGACGGCACCCUCCCAACCCUGACCACCAACAGUUCGAAAAUCUACUCUCAGGACAAGCAGCGGUUCUUGACUGGUGAGGAGAUGCUCAACAGCAUGGUCCUGCCGACCACCAAGGAACAGUCCCACACAUGUGGUGCUCCCAAACUUGAGCUGGGUGACAUGGGGAACACCAUGAUGGCAAAAUGCGCAGGCAAUUCAAUGUCUGCAGCUUGCAUGGGUGCCAUUGCUAUGGUCGCACUGCUAGCACUGGAGCCACGCUAA